GUGCCAGACCGUUACAUCCACGCCUUUUCAUCGAGCAGUGAGUCCGAAAGCGAGAGCAGUGACGCCACAACUCAGCGCAAGCGCAAACGUGCACCAGCUAACAAACCGAGGAAGCGUGUGACUAAGAAGGACACCUCAGUCACCAAGCCCCGCGGAGCCAAGACCAAAGGCUACAGUGUGUACCAGAGCGACGGUAGCGAUGGCAGUAUACAGGAGAGCGACAGUGACUGGGACGGCGGAG